AGCAAUUAGGUCCAGAGAGCCUCCCUCUGGUUUGCUACUGGAGUUUCACUUGACAAAGCCAGCGCUGCCAAUGUAGCACGACCACAGUACAGCCUGUGCAGAACCACAGCAUAGCCAUGACGAGACGGCUGUCAGACGCGCUCCGAUUGAUUCUCAUUGUGGCCCUUGCAGGAACCGGAUUGACCGAUGGAAGGAAAUGCGUUUACUCGAUAGGAUCUCCGGACCACAGGGCUGUUGUCGAGAUCGGCAAUGUGAACGGGACGGUGCAACACUGCGCCCGCACUGACUGCUGCAUCGCUGCUGUCCAUCUCUUAAACAACAACACAAACAUCACGACACAAGGCUGCAGCGUCAUUCAGGGCAGCUGCACUGACCUGCUCUGCCUCUUGGGACCCUUGAGAAGAGGAAACUACACCUCCUGCGUCUGCAGCUCGGACCUCUGCAACUCCCAUGUCGCGUGGAGCCAGGAUGCUGAGGGUGCUGAGAGAGGAGAGGGGAGCAGACUGGCUCCCCUGGCCUGGGUCCUGACUGUGGGGGUGCCCCUGCUUUGCCUCCUGACCGGUGCCUGGAAGUGGAGAGACAGCCGCAGGAGACUGUUGGCGCACCAGCUUUCUCUGCAAGACCUCCCUCAGACUGAAAAGGUCCAAGCAACAACCUCACCUACCUCCCUGACCUCACCUCGCCUUGACCUCACCAACAUGGAGCUGCACCAGGUUAUCAACAGGGGGCGCUACGCGGAGCUGUGGAAGGGCUCCCUGGAGGGGGUCCCCGUGGUUUUCAAACUGUACCCCUCGGGGUGCUGCCGGUGCUACGACAACGAGAGCACGGUGUACGGCCUGGCACUGCUGAGGCACCCGAGCAUCACCUGCUUCCUUGGGGAGGGAGAGAGUGGGCAGAGUGGGGCGAGGGUGCUGGUGCUGGAGCUGGCUCAACACGGCUCUCUACGUGCGUUCCUGUCUCAGCACUGCAGCGACUGGGCUGGGACAGUGCGGCUGGCCCUGUCUCUGUGCCAAGGCCUGUCCUUCCUGCACUCUGAGAUCCACAGGGACGGCGUGUACAAGCCUGCCGUGGCUCACAGAGACCUCAGCAGUAACAACGUGCUAGUCAAGGCUGACUGGACCUGUGCGCUGAGUGACUUCGGCUCAGCCACCGCCCUCAACCUGAGACCUGGACCAAGACCACUCCGCACCCAGGAGGUGUGUGUGCAGGUGGGGACCCCUCGCUACAUGCCCCCCGAGAUCCUGGACGGCACUUUAAAUAUCCGGGACCCCUUAUCCUCCUUGCGGCAGGUGGAUGUCUACUCGCUGGGUCUGCUGGUCUGGGAGAUGACCACUAGAUGCACUGACCUCUGGACAGUCUCCCCAGUACCGGAGUACAGACCUGCCUACGAGGCUGAACUGGGUCCCAGUCCCUCGCUAGACGAACUGAUCCUGCUGGUGUCGGAGCGGAGAAAACGGCCCGCGCUGACUCACCUCUGCAGAGGAACCACCCUGGGCUGUGGCGCUUUGAUGGAGAUUCUGAAGCACUGCUGGGAUAAUGACCCUGAAGCCAGACUGACUGCGCCCUGCACAGAGAAGAGGCUGAGCUCCGUGUAGCUGACUGAGCUCAUAACUUCACAGGAUCCCAAUGAUUCAGCUUCAGGAACGUGGCUAGUUAACCCAUGCUAACCCAUUCCAUACCCUCACCACUGUCUGUUUGAAGGACCCCUGCUUUCUAGAGUACUGCCUGUGCUGUAAUACCAUUGUGCAAUAAAAUAUACUGACUAU